UGUGUACCGCUAGGUGGCUCGGGAGAUUAAGGACAAUUGUGUUGAUUUUUUUCUGAUUAGUGACUGUCAAUGGUUUAGAACGGCAGGCUGAGUUCAAAAGCCUGAAUAAUGCCUUCACAUUAAUGAUAACGGUGGUUUACUAUUUGAACGACUAAAUGCAUCUUGAAUACCGGAUUUUCAUUUUGAAUACAAGGUAGUUCCCACAACACGGAUCCUAUCCUGUCCGGCAGUGGAGACGACAUUGAUGUUAGCCAGCCAGCUAACAGGCUGAAAUCGUAGCUGGCUGAAGACGAAUAGCUUGCUGGCUAGCUCGCUUACUGUGGUAGCUAGCAGAAGACCCCAACAUAAUCGCCAUCAUCGCUUUUAGCUUGCUAGUCGUUUAACGCCGUGUCUUCAUACGAUGGGAAACGCUGCAACCGCCAAGAAAGGCAAUGAACAAGAAAGCGAGACUUUUGUGAAAGAAUUCUUAGCAAAAGCCAAAGAAGAUUUUUUAAGGAAAUGGGAGUGUCCACCACAGAGCUCAACUGGCCUGGAUGACUUUGAUAGGCUGAAGACUCUAGGCACCGGCUCAUUUGGGAGAGUUAUGUUGGUAAAACAUAAAGGAACAGAACAGUUCUAUGCCAUGAAGAUCCUGGACAAACAGAAAGUUGUGAAGCUGAAGCAGAUAGAACACACUCUAAAUGAGAAAAGAAUACUCCAGGCUGUCUCCUUCCCCUUUCUUGUCAGACUGGAGUAUGCCUUCAAGGACAACUCCAACCUCUACAUGGUGAUGGAAUACGUCCCGGGCGGAGAGAUGUUCUCACACCUCAGACGCAUUGGGAGGUUCAGUGAAAAUCAUGCACGAUUUUAUGCAGCUCAAAUAGUACUUACCUUUGAGUACCUACACUCGCUAGACCUCAUCUACAGAGACCUAAAGCCUGAAAACCUUCUCAUCGAUCAACAUGGGUACAUCCAGGUCACAGACUUCGGUUUUGCAAAGAGAGUAAAAGGGAGGACUUGGACAUUGUGUGGAACUCCAGAGUACUUGGCUCCGGAGAUCAUCCUCAGCAAGGGCUACAACAAAGCAGUGGACUGGUGGGCACUUGGAGUCCUGAUUUAUGAGAUGGCUGCUGGGUACCCUCCCUUCUUUGCUGAUCAGCCCAUCCAGAUCUAUGAGAAAAUUGUGUCUGGCAAGGUACGAUUCCCCUCCCAUUUUAGCUCGGACCUGAAGGACCUUCUGAGGAACCUGCUCCAAGUGGACCUGACCAAGCGAUUUGGCAAUCUGAAGAACGGAGUGAACGACAUCAAGAACCACAAAUGGUUCGCCACAACUGACUGGAUCGCCAUCUACGAAAGAAAGGUGGAGGCUCCUUUCAUACCGAAAUGCAGAGGACCGGGAGACACAAGCAACUUUGAUGACUAUGAAGAGGAGGAGGUCCGCGUCUCAGACACAGAAAAGUGUGCAAAAGAGUUUUCUGAAUUCUAAUGCAUUGCCAGGGGGUUCUGUCCGGGCUCUCUCACACAUGCACGCGCACACACAGUCAUUGGGAUUUUUUUUGCACUCUUUCGAAAGGUGAUGGGGAAGCUAAGACCAUCAUGUGUUUAAAACAAUUGCCUAGUUCCUUCAUUCCACAAGGCUGAAUGAGGUCCUUCUUGCCAUGAUCCUCCUAGCGUGCAGAGUAAGCACUGACGUAUACACAGGCACAUUAUGCAGACAUCCCUUGUGCUGCACACAUACUAGACCACGUUUGUAUCGUUUUUCUUCUUUUUUGAAUAUAUAUAUAUAUAUAUGUACAUACAUAUAUUUGUUGCUUUUUAGAAUUCCCCUCCCUCCCUUCCCACCAUUUUGAACCAAGUGAUUAUUUGCAAAGCAAGAUGAAAACCAAUUAUAGCCCAUUUUAUAGUGGCACAAAGAGUGAUUGAUUGUACUAGGCGGAAUUGCACAUAUUUGUGAUUUAAGGUGUGUGUGUGUGUGUGGGGGGGGGGGGGGGUAGGGAGUAUUCUUCUUGUUGUUUUUUUACUCCCAGUUAUUGCCACAAACUCUUGCCAGUUAUUGUCUGUUACAUGCCUAAGUGUGUUUUAGGUUCAAAUUCAAGAUUUUUGGCCCAGACUCUAAUCCUAAACAUGUUACUUAAGAACUAGACCUGUCUUUGUGCAAAUAGAAAAGAACAUAUAUCAAGUGAAUACAAUUAUUAUUAUUUUUUUUAAACCUUGUGUUUCUAGAGCAUGACCAAAAUGUUACCAAGAAAUCGGAGAGAGAGUUAAGUUUAAUAUCACUGAGAUAUUGUGUUUUCAGUGUUUAUAAUCACAUUGGCAUUCAGUCCAACAAGAGGGUAUCAAAGAGUGGCAAACCUAAUUAUGUCAAAGCUGUAUUAGUUUCUAAUUUCACAUUUCUUUUCAUUUUCUUUUCCUUCUCUCUUUUUUACAGUUUGUCAGGUCACAGGGCAUUUCUUUUUACCUCAGUUUAGGUAUUAUAUUGAAAUUCAACUUGAGAUUAAUAUAUAUACCAGGUACAACAACGUUUUAAGUCCGAAGAAAACUUGUGGACAGAAAUGACCCAAAUAUGUAUGCGGACAUUUAUUUUGGAAAUGAAAAGUGAUGAUUUGGUGGCCUGGUUGUUAUCAGGUUUCGUAGAGGGUAUGAAGUUGUGGCUGUAAAGAUGUGUGGGUCACAUGGAAAGAGUUGUAUUUAUUUUUUGUAUUUUUUUGUUGGCCAUCUAUUAACAUCAUGAUAAAACAAAAUUAUAUUAUUUUGUUAUUUUAUUUUACCCCAGAAUGUUUGUACCUCCAUACAUGACCAUAGUGCAUGUGUUGCUUCUGGCUUGUAUGGAAAAUGAUGAUGUUUGAGUUCAAAGUUUUAUUCUCAAAAACGAAUACUCACGUACGGCUUUCACUUAUUGAUUUUUGAGCGCUUCAGCACAUUUGACAUCUUGUUUUACUGAAUUUCACAAGACACAAUUCUUUUAGAUUUUUUUAUUUAUACUUCUAUGUUGUCUAAUAAACCUUCAUAGUUUUGAUAUGUUCAAGGUUCUUUCAGAUUUAUUUAAUAGUGUUAAAAAAGAUUUACCUAUUACUCCUAUUUGAUCUAAAAUGGAAAUAAAACCAACACAUUUACUACUUA